GAAAUAUUAUAUAACAAUAUUUAUAAUAUUAUGUCUAAGUUUAUAUUUCAAAACUACAUAAUUUUCUAAGAAUAAUACGAUAAAUAUAGAUUAAUACUAUAUAUUUGGACAAACAAAAUUCAUGUGAAUAUUAAUACAAAAAAAAACAACAACAUGAACUUCCGGAAGCCUCGAAGACGUUCUCGUAGGAACUCUAUGAAUGUUGUGGUAAAUACAGAGAAAUGGCGUCAGUAUGGCAAAAGACUAUCACGUAGUAACACGAGGUUUGUUGAUGAAGAUUCAGGAGACGAGGAACCUGAAUACCAUGAAAUUAAAGACUGGGUAGAAGAAUUUUUCGACCGUAAAAGCGUAUGUCCAGACAAGUCAGAUCAAGAUGUAGAAGUGCAACUAACAAAGAAACAGACCCUUGUCCUUUCAACAUUAGUUCCAGAUGAAAUAUUAAUAAUGGAUAAAUUUGACCCAUCAAAUCCUAAACGCUUUGUCGGUGUUCUGCUGAUGGCCGAUGUCUCUGGUUAUACCGCAUUAUCAGAACGAUAUAGCAAUACAGGUAAAGGAGGUACCUAUCGUCUGACAGUCACCCUCAAUACCUAUCUCGGAUCACUGAUUGAACUUAUUUACAGUCAUGGAGGCGAUAUUCUCAAGUUCGCCGGUGAUGCAUUUUUGGCUCUGUGGAAAACAGACAAACGAACUUUUUUAUGUCAUACUAUUCACACAGUAAUUGCUUGCGCUUUAAUUAUACAACAUUCUUAUGGAUCUUACGAAACUGACGUCAAAGUUAAUUUAAAAGUUAAAUUGGCCAUUUCUGCCGGAAAUCUUAUAUUUUGUCCCAUUGGUACUGGAACAGAUAUGAAUUAUAUCAUUUUCGGAUUACCAGUAAUUGAAGCAAAAUUAGCUGAGAGCGUUUGUUGUUCUGGAGAGGUAAAGGUAACACCCACUGCUUGGGGACACUGCUACUCCAGAAAUUAUGAUCAUAUCAUCCAUAAAGAUGGACACGUAACAAUAAAAUCUAUUCUUUACGACCCUCAUGAACAAGACGUAACCAAGCCUUUUGUAGGCUUUGGACCAUUAAUAAGACAAAUAAAAAAACCUCUUACCGCAAUAGAGAAUCUACCCGAUUUUCUUUGGGAUUCAUCUAAACCACUAAAUGCAAUGGAUAUCCAAAAACGAAAUGAAAUGAUAAGACUUCGUAAAAGUAUUCUGAUGGCGGAAGAAAAGAAUAUAGGUUCGGAAAUACGUAAAUUCAUGAUAAGACCUGUACUAACUCAAAUAGAUGCACAUCAACCACUUGAAUAUUUAACUGAAAUGAGACAAGUAUCAAUUUUAUUUAUAACUCUUAAGCCUAGAGAUUGUUCAUUUCCACAAUUUGUAACAAUUGUUAAUAACGCUUAUGAAAUUACUUGUGAAAUUGUUUAUAAAUCUAUGGGGUGCGUUAACAAAAUAAUUCUCUUUGAUAAAGACAUUAUGAUUUUAGUAAUAUUUGGAUUACGUGGAUUUAAACACGAGUCAGAACCUCAGGCAGCACUUAAAUGUGCGUAUAGUAUACAGAAAUCAGUGUCAGCCCUCGAUGGAGUACUCGAAGUAUCCAUAGGUGUAACAACAGGUCAAGUUUACUGUGGUGUCGUUGGGCAUCCUUUACGAAGAGAAUUCACUGUUAUUGGCGCAAUAGUCAAUAAAGCUGCUAGAUUAAUGUGCGGUUUUCGCAAUAAAAUUACAUGCGAUGAAAAUACAUAUAUCAAAAGUAAAAUAUGUACGAAUGGAUUUACUUUACAACCAAAAAUAGAACUUAAAGGAAUAAUGCAUCCUGGUAAAAUUUAUGAAUAUACUGAGGAUAUCAGAGUAAAGGAGUUGUAUGAUAUACCAAUGAUUCCACCAUUACUAAAUCGAGUUGACGAAAUGGAGUAUUUCCAAAAUUGGCUAGAUGAAUCACAAUUGUCUUAUAGAGAUUUCGAUGCUCUUUUAUUAGUAGGUGAAUCCCGUAUAGGUAAGUCAAGAAUGUUAGAAUGGAUGAUCCGCUACUCAAGAAAUUAUGGAUAUAGGGUAUGUCACAUAAAGCUAACAUCGAUACAUUCAGCUACCCCAUUUCUAGCCCUUAGUCAAAUAAUUAAUCAAGUUUUAGAUUUGAAAGAACCUAUAACAGGUUUCGCUAAGGAAGAAAAAAUUAUUCAAUUGUUAAAAGUGUACAAUGAAGAUCUCUGUUAUUUAAAUAACAUCAUCAAAGUACGUUUUGCCUAUCAUGAAGGUAUUUAUACUCAAAAUGAGGGCAGGAGAAAAGAAAAAGCAAAAACGGUGUUUACAAAAUUAAUAAAGGCAAUAUUAGAAACACACGUUGUAUUCCUAGACGAUUUACAAAACUUAGAUGCAUCUUCAUGGGAAUUUAUCUCGAUAAUGCUCAGUACCAUGAAAAUAUUUACAGUAUUAACAGUCACACGAGGAAAAUUUAGCUCUGUACACAACUGGCUAUAUAGUGUAUUUGUUAAUGACAAUAUAAGAAAAAUUGUCCUUGGACCAUUAACAUCUACAUGGAUACCUGCGUUAGCCUGCCAAAUUUUAGAUGUUGAUGCUGUACCAAAGGAUUUAUGCAAUGCAUUGAAUAUAAAAUGCAAUGGAUCGCCUGGUCUUAUUGAAAGUUUUAUUGUGCAUCUAUUUUCAAGUGGCGCCUUAGAAAUAAAGAAAAUUCAAAGAAAUGAAAUUGAGGUUUGGAAUGACGAAAUUUUACAGUUUCCAGAACCAAAUCUUUUACAUCCUCAGGCUGUCGAUGCGAAAGACCAAACAACCCUUGAUCAACUCAUUGAAAAAGACUUUGUAGGAGAAAUAGGAAUAUGUAUAGUCACGCGAAAAGAAGAAUUAAAAACAAACAUUUAUAUACAGAAUAUGGAUGCUCUUAUAAUGAUUCAAAUAGAUUCAUUAACUCCCUAUCAGCAACUUCUUUUAAAAAUAGCUUCAGUAAUAGGUAAUAUGUUAUCAAGAGAUCUCUUAGAAAAUAUCAUGUAUGAAAACAAUACUAAUACCACUGCGAAAGCUAUUAAGAGACUCUUUGCAAUGAGAAUAUUGUCAUGCGCAAAUGUUGAAAUGACAAAUUGGAAUAGAAAAUGUUCAUCUAAUAUGACUAUAUCCUCCAAUAACUCCAUAAACAGUAAUUUGAUAUGCAAUUGUUCUUUUGAUUACGAUUCAGAAGACACAAAAGAGUUACCAAAAUAUGCGUUUUGUAAAGUUAUGAAAUUUAGAAAUAAGAAUUCAAGAAAAAUUUGUUAUGAAUUACUUCCUAUAAAUCAGAAAAAAGAAUUUCAUUCCCGUAUUGUAAAUUAUAUGGAAAACAGCAAACAAAAAUGCCUGGAUUGUGGUGGCACACUUAUGAUAGUUCAAUCUUCUAUGAACUGUCAACCAAAUAACCGACACGAGAACGAUGAGAGUAACAUAAUAUACGAAGAAGAAUGUGAAGUGGAAACAAUCAAUAUACCAGAAAACAGUGUUAUCGAAGCGGUUAUUGAAAUGAAAAGAUCACAAUCAGAGACAAUUACAAAAGCUGAAAACAAUAAUAAUGUAGAAGUUCCCAGUGAAGGCAGAAAAAGCUCAAAUUCAAUACACAGUUUCCAUUCACAAAAGCCAACUUCUCUCUUCGCUCCUAUAUUAAAAACAAAAUGCGAUGUUGAAGCUGAUAUCGGUAGAAGCUCAUCUAAGCGCGUUACUAUGCCUAACGUUUAUUUAAAAAAAAAAAAUUCAGAUAAUGUUGAUAAGUAUAAAAUUUUUCAUAUGUUACGAGCUGUGACAGAAGCUAGUACUAUAAGUGAAUGGCGGGAUCUGGGCGUUACAGACAGUGAAGAUAAAUUAAAUACUGACAAAAGAAAUAAAAAAUCCUUUUGCAUCAAGAUUGAAAAAGGUAUAUCUCGAACAAAUUUUAGCAAAUGCAAAUGUGGAGAAUUGAAUAUAAUAAAUUGUGAACAACUCAUCUAUCAUGCUCAACAAGCUGAAUUAAAAAUAAAAGCAAUAGAAUUUAUGAUAAAGUUUGCUUAUUUAAAUCUUCUUAGUGACAACGGAGAAGUUGCUCUGCCGAAACUGGAGCAAGCAGAACAUUUAUGUUUACAAAAACACGGACCAGAUGACAUCCUGAAUAAGUUCGAAAGACGUAUCUUUUUAGGAAAAAUAUUUUCCUUGAAAACUGCAAUAUAUUUAAUUAAUGGUAAAUUAUCAGCUGCGAAAUUAGAAAUAGAACGUGCUAAUCGAAUAUACCAUUUAUACCUACACAAACUUCCGGAGACUUUAAAAGUAAGGAACUUAAUCAACUUGAUAAAACUAAAACGCCGAAAACAUCGCAUUCAUAAAAUAAUUUUAAAAACAGAUUCGAUAUUUUGUUUGAAUGUUGCUACUUUAUUAUAUUCAGCUUUGGAGGAUGAAAAAUUAUCUAGAAUAUGUGCAUUUCGUGCACUCGAGUUGGUGCAAGAAGUUGAUUGUAAUGUAAUAGAUAUAUGCGAUACAUUUAGCAAUGCUAUGCAAGUAGAGUUAGACCGCGGGGCUCCUGAAUCAACUGCAGAAAUAGAAAAAUUAGCUAGCUUAGCGUUAAAACAUUUGUCACGACCUAUUCAAGUACAUGAACUUUUUGCAAUCGGGAAAUUAUUUCUGUCCACUUUUCAUGCACGUACGUUCCGAGGCGAACUAGUUGCUGGUAUUCGGUCGGGUUUUCGAUCCAUAACAAUAAGUCGGUUUCUUCAGGCUGACAACAUAUCUUUAGAUAUUAUACCAGACUUAUUCUACAUAUUACUGUCAAGGUGUCGUAUAGAGGAGGCAGUUGAUGUACUUCAAUUAGCGCUCCGAAUGGGUCAAAAUAGAAUGUCACAUGAUUUUGAAACUUGGUAUUAUGGUCUUUGUAUGGAUAUGAUACUUGACGCAGGAUUUCAAUUAGAACCGCCACAUGAAAUCAGUCGUUUUGCUCAAUAUGCUUUAACUAAAGGAGUGUCCGCCGGUCCAAGUCGUCGUCGACUUGUCGUUAGUUUGUGGACUUAUUGGCUACGGGCCGAUGUUGAGAGUAAAAUAAAAUGGUUUGAAUCAGAAGCCCUUAGCUGGACAGCGUGUGAAGAUGAUGAUGGUUCAUUGACAACUCUACUGAGUGCUAUGAGACUCGCUGAAGGAAUGUUAGAAAGUUUAGCUAGAAAAAUAGAUGAUCUCAGAAAAGUAGUUGAUUUAAUGGAAUUACGAUCUAUGGCUGACAGGGAGCUAUCAAGACUAGAGAAAGACGCACGUAUAAUGCGUACCAUAUAUCCGCGUUGGAUUUUACUAAAAGCCAACUCCUUGUCUUUGUCUGGGCGUCGGACUGCAGCCAAUACAGCAUUCAAUCAAGCUUUUGAAGAAGCAUCAAAAAUUCGUAAUCGUUUAGAGGCAGCUAUGGCUAGAGCAGCCACUUCUAACUCUCGAUUAUGGGUGCAAAAUGCACGAGCCAAUAACUUUAUAAGCUGGCAAUCUGGGUCCCAACAAGCAAAGGAUUCAUGGCACCAACUACUUUAUAAAAUCACCACAACGAGACAAGUUUCUUAGUGUUAGAAGGAUUUAUAAUAAAGUUACA